AUGUUUUUGUUUUUAUCUUUUGCUUCUAGCCUUGAUUGGUGGGAAUUUGAAUUAGAGAAAUUCGAUGAGAUGGUUGCCAAUAGUACCUCUAGGCCUAUAUUUGCGUUGAUGUAUGCAGAUUGGUGCCCAAUGUGUCAUGGAAAGAAAGAAGCCUUCAGAGAGUUUUACAACAAGCAAAAAAAGUCAACAAACAUUACAUUUACAUUGAUCAAUUGUCUUGAUAGAGGAUGGUGCGCUACAAAAGGCGCGUUUUCGAUUCCAUAUUGGUUUGUUAUUAACGGUAACGAUCCAUUUAAGUGGGAUCACACUAAUUCACCAGAUCCUAGAGAGUGGCAGCGCUUAGUUGAUGAAGCUUCGCAAGGUCCAGUUAUAGAAAUUCAGUCUGGAGGACAUGGAAACAGAAUUGUCAACACAAUGCAUGGAGCAUCAUACUUCCAUCUUGUUAUACAGAAAGAUCAUCAUGAAAUUUUAGAUAAAUUCACUAAAUUGGCCCAAAUUUAUUCCCAAAUUGGCUGCAAAUUCACAGUAAGAUACAAACAAAUGACCAAACCAUCACUAAGAGUUUACAGAUCCCCAUUUUGCAUGUACAAGAUCAAAGGAGACAUUGGAAACUUUGAUUGGUUUAUUACAACGAACAAAUACUCAUAUUUACAUUAUUACAGCGCGAAUGAAACAGCUCUAAUGAAUACUACAAAGCCAAGAGCCCUUUAUUUCGUAGAUCAUUUAAUUGUCCAAAAUCAAUUUAAUUCUUUCGUAAAUAUCACACGAGAUUACUGUGGAAAGAUAGAAUUCGGUCUAGGAAACUACAUGACAUCAGAAUUACUGAUAAAAGCCGGUCUUUCGGACAAUGAUAUUCCUUUGAUGUUAAUUCACAGUAAUUCUCAAAACUGCGACCUCUAUUACAAGAGGUUACUUCUUGAUGGCCAGAGAUUGAGGUAUUUCGACCAUAUAAUCAACAACCAAACGUGUGAAUCGUUCAAAGAAGGAUAUAUUAAAAAGAGAGAUCCAAGUAGAAUUCUUUUCUAUUUCAUUGUGAUAAUAGGAACUGCAGCACUCGCUGCUUUGUUUGUCGAAGUCAGAAGACUCUUGAUUAGUCUCAAAAUGGAAUAA